AAGUCAUCAGCGGGCCGGCAGGAGGGGAGUGAAUGGGUCCUGCACGCAAAGCAGAAAAGCGCUGGAACUGCGGAGAGUUCGAUUCACUUUGGUUUGGUCGCAGCGCAGAAGCAGUCGCUCAGGAGGAGCUGAUGCUGAGGUGAAGGCGAGAGCCUCAGCGCGCCCGGCAUACUCGCGCAUCCACACGCGCCCGGACGCACGGCGCAUCUCCACUGACACGCGGAGAGGAAGAGAGAAAGAGGUCAAUUUGGAGUCAUACAAAUGGAUUUAUCACAUAAAUUAUUUAGAAAAUCGCGAUAAUACUUUGCAGUCAUUAGAUCAUUGAUCUUGUUGGUCAACGCCGAUGUUUGAUUCUGCUCUCCUCUUGCGCGCAACGGAUGACAAGCUUUUUGGUGCGCCUGUUUUGCUGACUUUCGAAGGGAAUGUUCCUCAUCACGGCAAGGACAACGGAUACCUGAGUCAGUCUGGCUCUCUUGGCACAUAUGUGGACCCUAUCCAGGAUGUUACAGUCUAAGCGGCCCAGGAAUCAUUGGGCCACCACUUACCAUCACCACAUAUCACCGCAUAGCUAGGGAUCCUGCUGUGUCCAGGAACUAUCUUCACUCCAGCCUCUGCCUCCGUCUGGGGGAAGAAAAAGGAAUCCUAACCAAUAAUUGAUUUGGUGAACAUUGAACAUUGGAUUUACGAGUCUCACCUCUGGGCUACUAUGCAAUUACAACUGAUCUCCUUUGUUUUGAUCAUCUUGCACUGCAUGGAUUACACUGGAUGUCAGCAGCACAGCAGCUCCAGGCACCGGCAACAUAAACAGCUCUCGGGUGUGACCUCAGGGUGCCAGCAGGGUGGCUGUCUGACUUGCUCCGACUACAAUGGCUGUCUGUCCUGCAAGCCACGCUUCUUCAUGCACUUGGAGAGGAUUGGGAUGAAGCAGAUCGGAGUGUGCAUGACUUCCUGUCCUCCGGGCUUCUUUGGCACACGGUUACCUGAAAGAAACACCUGCACAAAGUGCAGGUCGGAGUGCGACUCCUGCUUCAACAAGAACUUCUGCACGCGCUGCCGAGCAGGAUUCUACCUUCACCUGGGCAAGUGCCUGGAGAACUGCCCCGACGGCCUCAUCCGCAGCGACACGCAGCGAGAGUGUGUUCCCCAGUGCCCUGCAGAGUGCGAGUCAUGUGUGAACAGUGAGACGUGCACACGCUGCCGGCCCGGCCUUUACCAGCUGAGUGGGAGGUGCCACCACGUCUGUCCGGAGGACUAUGAGCCCAGUGACAAACUAAUGGAGUGUGUGCCGCAAGUGCACUGCGAGGUGGGCGAGUGGAGCGAGUGGAGCCCCUGCUCCAAGGCUGGGAGAACCUGCGGGUUCAAACGGGGCCAGGAGACCCGGACGAGGCAGGUCCUGCAGUACCCGUCGCCCUUUGGCAAACCCUGCCCUGACAUCUCCGAGAUCAAGGAGUGCCUGGUCAAGAGGAGGAAGUGUCCAGGCGGCCGCAGGAAGAAUGACCGGAGAGAGCGGAGAAAUCGGAACAACAGGAAAGACAAGGAGAAUCAGGAGGGCAGACGGGAGAGGAAGAGGGAUAGAGAGAGGGAGCAGGAGGAGAGAGACACGGGCGAACGCGAAGACUCUGACAACAGGAACAAAACGGAGCACAGGCACCGCAGAGGCCACUACACAGAGCCGCUCUCCCCGGAAGGAAGUCUUGUACAGUAAUACCUGGAACGAGGUCGGAUGAUCCUCCCCAGCCUCCCUGCCCUCACCCUCUGUUUGCCCCCCACGACCCCUCUCUGCAGGGGUGUUGCUGCUACCUGUAUGAUUUGAAUAUACUGUUUAUGCACAAGCGGGAUGGGGCACGUUCAGCCACAAGGCUUGGGCCACUAAUGACUUUAGAAAGUCUUUUUUUUUUUUUUUUUUUUCUACCCUGUUAGCCUCAAUUUGCUGACUUCCACCGCUGAGGGUGUCUCACCUGAAAAGAUGCAGGAGACACUGCCGAGACUGCUGUUGGGACUGAAGAACAGAGUGAGAACUGUCUGUAAAUGUGUGGAAAACUAUCAGACUGCGAGACAAAGGUGUUAUGUGCUUGUUGAUAUGGUUAUUUAAUGGGGCUCUGGUACAACAUUGCGCAUCUUGGUUUUUGAAUGUAGAUUUUAGAGCAAUAUGUAGAACAAUUGUUUAUUAUUGUUGUUUCUGUGCUUUAGAUCUCUUUAUUUGGUGCAGAAUUUGUCAAGACAAAAAAAAAAUUUAAGUGCAUCUUUGCCUGUCAUUCUGUGACAUCUUCACAAUCGCUGCAGUCGACAGAUUGCAGGGACACCUGCAUCCUGUGAAUUUCAGCUCAAAAACCAUGUUUUGUACAUCUUGGACACAAGAUAAUCUCAUCCAGAUAAGUGACAAAUCUAAUCUAUCACUGGUGUUUCUUUAAUGUAAAUUGACUCUGUUCUCUCAAUAACGCUCUUUGACUAGGAACCAAAAACACCUAUAUGUCAAAUAAAACUAUAUUGGGUUUGUAUUUGUCUGUUAUGACUUAUUUAUUCUGAUUUUGUGCAAUCUUCACCGAAAAACUUGCUUUUCAGAGAGAAUGGAAUGAAGGUCAGAGACAAUAUGGAAACUGUUUGGUCUAAGUAUGCUUUGGUCCUGGUGAGAGGAUUGCGACCCUGGGAAGUUAAUCACGUGCGUCGGAUCAGUCACGUACAACCGGUGUGUGGCCCACAUCCGCAACAUCUUUCCAAAGAAACACAAAUUGUCGGUUUCACAUUAUGUGUUUAAAAUUUCAACCA